AUGGCCACAUUCUCCAGCCGCGUAUCACUUUCCUCUGGAUCCUCCAUCGCAGGGGGUGCCUCUGGACUCGCCCUGUCCUCCGGAGGUGGCGCUCGCAUGAGCGUGAUGCGGGCUGGUAGUGUCUACGGUGGCGCAGGAGGAUCUGGAGUUCGCAUCUCCAGCGCGGCACGUGGUGCCGGUGUCGGCCUUGCUGCUGGUGGUGGUGCCGGACUCGGCUUGGCUGCCGGUGGUGGAGCUUUUGACGCGGCUGUUGGCGCCGGGAAAUUCACCAUGCAGAACCUGAACGACCGUCUGGCCACUUACAUAUCCCAAGUGCGGUCCCUGGAGCAGGCCAACGCCGAGCUGGAGCUGAAGAUCAGACAGUUCCUAGACGGCAGGCUUGCUCCUGCUACCCACGACUAUACUUCCUACAUGGUCACCAUUGGCGACCUCCAGGCUAAGAUCACGGCAACCAUCUUUCUCAGAGGAGGAUCUAUGUUGGACAUCGAUAACGCCAAACUGGCAGCUGAUGACUACAGAGUGAAAUUUGAAGCUGAGCAAUCCAGUCGUUUGUCUGUGGAGGCCGACAUUGCUGGACUUAGAAGGGUCCUGGAUGAGCUGGCCCUCACCACGAGCGAUCUGAACGUGCAGAUGGCAAACAUCCAGGAGGAAAUCGUCUAUCUGAAGAAGAACCACCAGGAGGAUCUUUUGGCUGCUCGUGCUCAUGUCGGAGCUAAAGUAGAUGUGGCGGUUGACGCUGCUCCUCAGGAGGACCUCAGCCUUGUCCUCGCCGGAGUCCGUGAGCACUACGAGGCAGUGGCCGCAAAGAACAGACGGGAACUUGAGGCCUGGUUCCAGGCCAAGACGGAAGCUCUCAGCAGAGAAGUCCUCAGCAGCACAACUGUACUCCAGACAUCCUCCUCAGAACUUGCAACCUACAGAAGCACAGUACAGGCCCUUCAGAUCGAGCUCCAAGGCUUCAUCAGCAUGAACGCAUCGUUGGAAUCGUCCCUGGCAGAAACAAAGACCCGCUUCGCUGCCAUGCUUGCCGGCUUCCAGGGUCAGGUGACCAGUUUGGAGCAGCAGCUGGCCGCUCUCCGCAUCGACCUUGAGCGUCAGGGUCAAGAAUACGCACUACUGCUGGACAUCAAGACCAAACUGCAGCUGGAGAUUGCAGAGUACAACAGACUGCUCAACGGAGAUGCCCAAGCUUACAUCGCGUAAGUAGAGUCUGCUGAGCCUC